UCCGAGCAACCCUCCCUGUCUGCUGGCGCUGAGUUGGCAACGCAUGGCGUUGCAUCCACACAUGAGCCGGCUCCUACAUCCCAAUCAUCUACAUGCAAGCCUAUCAAGUGUCGUUUUUUCACAACCAAGAAAGGUGAGUACCUGAUGAAAAGUUUAUCUCUAACAUCCCAAGGAUGUCGCUCUGGGUCGGCAUGCCCAUAUAUGCACGAUGUUUCAGCGCUUGAGUCCAAGCAGCGACAAUCUGGACAGCAGGUUGAAUCGCGAACAUCAGCUGAUGCGCCUCAAAGUUCAACCUCGGGUGUAGAUGCUGGGAUGCAGAAUCUAUCCAUAAAGGAAACCCAGCCCAAAGACGUCCCUACAACCUCGAAGCUGGCACAACUCAAGAGACCUAUUUCGAAGACAGAACAGGAAAAUCCAAGAGAGUUCCAAAUCAACCAGCUGCGGCGACGUUUUCGCCCACAGGAAAAGACCGAUUAUCAAGGCUCUACCUUGACCUUCGGUUUAGUCCCUUCGGACCCUGAUUUCCCAUUUGAGUUGGACAGAUUGCAAUGCAUUCUUCACGUCCCACACUCCUAUCCGGAGAAGGGCCGUCCUACGCUUGCGGUCAGAAAUCCUGAAAUGGAAUCUGCAUACCAAGACAAUGUAGCCAGGGGCUUUGACGAUAUUGUGGACUUCACCUUGCGGACGAACAACCGAGGAACUCUGCUCAACUGGGUGAAUACUUUGGACCGGCAACUUGAACGCUUGCUCACCACUUUGGAGAGAGGGCCAAAAUUGAAGUUUGUUGCCAAUGUUGGCAACGGAGUUGUGGCCAAGGAUUUUGCAGGUGUCUCAGGAAACAUCCAGGAACAGACACCCUUGUCUCAGCCUACAGGAACAGGAACUUCGGCUGUGCACGCUCAAAACCUCAGACCACAACCCGCACCACACAAACAUACAGCCGAAGAAAAGGCUCGGGCUGAAAAGAGAAGAGCAACAGAAACAAAACAAAUCGAGGCCCGGCUUGGGAGACUUCCUCUUUUCCAAAAACGGGCUGAUGGCAUUUCGUUUAUCAUUCCCAUUCAGCCAAACAAACGAGACCGCCUGCCCAUAUCUCUUCAGGCACUGAAAACCGUGAAGCUCUCAGUUCCUCAGCUUUAUCCUUUGGAACUGAGCUCAAUUGAGCUUCAGGGAGUCAACAGCACAGAAGCCAAACCUGUUGAACUAGGAUUUGGCCAAUGGCUUGAACAAAACUCCCAAAUGAACCUGGUGUCACAGAUCAACUACCUGGCGAGUAACAUGCACAACUUUGCCAAAACACCAGUUCCAGAAGAACCCGAGAUUCCUCCCGAGAUACCUUUCGAGCCCAAGCCAGAUGUGCCUCCACAGCUGCCUGCAGAAACAGGUCCAGCUGAAGACAACGAAGAUCGGCCGCAUCUUCAUGUCAUCCCUCGCCCACCCGAGUGGUCAGUCCCAGACCCCAACAGCAACGGCGAGUCUACUGGUGAAUCCAGCUACGAAGAUGACUAUUCGGAUGAGGAAGAGGAUGCAGAAGAUGGCGGUGCACCUGUUCCUGCCAUUGUGGAUAGUGCUCCUGGACGCGGGGUUGCACUGUCUUUCCCGUUCUUGGAGCUCUACGGAAUCGAGCUUCUGGAACUCAUGAAUCUUUUUGUGACUGUUAAAUGCGUACGGUGCAAGGAGUCGCUGGAUGUCAAGAACGUACCCCAGGCCAAGGAUCAGAAUGAUGUGGCGCCGAAAAUGGAAACAUGCAAGAAAUGCGCCAACCCCAUGAGCAUUGGAUUUCAGAGACAGCUGAUGCAUGCUCAUGCAAACCGUGCUGGAUAUCUGGAUUUGGAUGGCUGUACGAUUGUGGACCUUCUUCCAAGCAACUUCAUUCCGACCUGCGCAGAGUGCUCAACUGCACAUCCUGCACCAGGGGUGUCUGCAGUUCGCGGAGAAAGCGCCAUGGCGAUAUGUCGCCAGUGCCAUCGCAAAAUGGUCUUCAAAAUCCCCGAGGUAAAGUUCCUCGUGGUGGGGACCGCAGCAAUUUCUUCCCGCGGCGCCCUUCCUUUGAAGAAGCCCAAGGAGGUCCUGGGAAUUGUCGCUGGCCAAGAGCUUCCACGACGAGGGCGCUGCUCGCACUACGGCAAAAGCUACCGUUGGUUCAGAUUCAGCUGCUGUGCCAAGGUCUUUCCGUGCGAUAAAUGCCAUGAUGCCGAGACAGACCAUCCAAACGAGCACGCCAACCGAAUGAUUUGUGGCUUUUGCUCCCGAGAACAAAUCUACCGCCCCGAAAACUGUGGCAUCUGCAGAGCAGUACUCAUCGGCAAAGCUGGGAGUGGAUUCUGGGAAGGAGGAAAGGGAACACGGAACAGAGCUCUCAUGAGCCGGAAAGGCAUGACCCCCAUUUCCUAUUGGAGUCCACUGCAUUAUGCUGAUCGGUGA